GUUCGCAAUGUCGCUGUGAGAGGGGAGGCGGUACCAAUGAUAAGGACGGGGCGUCCUGCGGCAGGUUCACUCAGAGCGGAGGCUGUGCCGGAGACAGUGACACUGCACUCGGGGAGGGGUCAGAAACUGAAAGGAAAGACGAUGGCUUGUGAAACACACUGAUCGACUCGGCAGAGAUCCACAUUGUGUGGUGGAGAGAAACAGUGAGAGGAAAAGGCCCUCCUAUAGACAUGAAGUGUGACAAAUGCACUAAAAAUAAAUGCACUAAAAAGCAGAAAAAUAAUGAAAACGCAAGUCUGGUCAACGACACGAAGAACCCCACCACCAGCGAAAUCGAUGAGGAAAGUGAAUUUCAUAAACUAGCAAAUGCCAAAAUAUUUCUUAGUGACUGCCUGGCUUGUGAUAGUUGUGUGACAUCAACAGAAAGUCUGCGGAUUGCCCAACAGUGUCAAGAGGAGUUUGUCACAGUUCUCAGCCUUAACCAGAGAUGUGAUAUAUCCAAACACAAAGUGCUGAUAGUUUCAAUUUCCCCUCAAUCAGUGCCCUAUUUUGCUGCGAAGCAUUGUAUAAAUAUUACUGAUGUAAUCCAAAGACUUUCUGGAUUCUUGAAAGGCCUUGGAGUACAUCAUGUAUUUAAUAUGACUUUGGCAGCUGAUUUCAGCCUUCUUGAGAGUCAAACAGAAUUUGUUCAGCGCUUUUACCAGAGAAGCCAAGACCAGCAUGCUUUACCGAUGUUUGCCUCUGCUUGCCCAGGCUGGAUUCGUUAUGCUGAAAAAGCCCUUGGGAGCCUUGUACUUCCCCACAUCUGCACUGCCAAAUCCCCCCAGCAAGUCAUGGGAUCUCUGAUAAAGGACUAUUUUGCCAAAAAGCAGCAACUCUCCCCUGAGAAGAUCUUCCAUGUAGUUAUAACACCUUGUUACGAUAAAAAAUUGGAGGCACUUGGAGAAGACUUUUACAGUAGUGUACACAAGAUACAGGGUGUUGACUGUGUAUUAACUUCAGGUGAAAUAAUGCAGAUGAUGGAACAAAAAGGUCUCCUGUUGACAAAUGUGGAGCCAGCAGCUUUAGACAACAUCUUUGAAGAAAUUGGUGAUGUGUGUAUUGCAAGGCAUGAUGGGAGAGGAUCUGAUGGCUUCCUAGAACACAUUUUUAAGUAUGCUGCUAAAGAAAUCUUUGACAUCGAGGUCAAAGAAAUCACCUACAAGACACUCAGGAAUAAAGACUUUCAAGAAGUUACUUUGGAAAAAGAUGGUGAGAUUGUUUUACGAUUUGCAGCUACCUAUGGGUUCAGGAACAUUCAAAAUAUGGUUUACAAACUGAAGAAAGGAAAGUUUCCUUAUCACUUCAUUGAAGUUCUUGCGUGUCCAGGAGGAUGCCUCAAUGGAAAAGGUCAAGCAAUGACAGAAGAUAGGAAAAUGGAUAAGGAUUUGCUGCAUCAAAUGGAAGGAAUGUACACCAGUCUGCCUGUCCAACUCCCAGAAGCCAACAUGCAUGUCCAAAUGCUUUAUCAGGAAUGGUUAGAAGGAAGAAAUUCCACCAAAGUUCAAGAGGUCCUGCACAGAAAGUAUCAUGCACUGAAUGAGAUGUCAAAUAGCAUUGACAUCAAAUGGUAGGCCAUCUGGUGCUGGACCACAAGAUUUUUGGAAUCCCAAUUAAGGAUUCACAAUUUCCCCAGGGAACAUUGGUACUCUUUGUAUUAACAAUGGUGCAAUUUAAACCACAAACUUUCAGCCACUGAGAUAUUAAAAUGUAAUGUUUUGUCAUUGAAAGAAAUAUAGACUUGAAUUAUGUAAUUAUUCAGGACUUUGUUCUUCACAGAUAUCUUUAACAGAUAUGUUUGUCUUCGAAGCCACUUGAUGAAUGUUUCCAUUUUUUGUGCUUGCUUCCAAAUGAAUAUAGCCAUAACAAGGCCAUAACUUUAUUCAUAAACUCAGUUGUUUGUUCUCAGAUGGAGAAGUGAAGUCCUUCAGCGAUGUAAAAAUGGUACUUUGAAGAUUCUUCAGAUCUUCCUCGUCCCUAGAACUACACCUUGUAGAUUAUACGAUUAUAUAUUUUUAUAUAUAUAUAUAUAUAUAUAUAAUAGUGUGUGUGUAUGUAUGUAUAUAUAUAUAUAUAUAUAUGGUUUUGAGAGGAGCGAAUUAUCUAGAACUGAACUAAGUUGAUGCUUAACCUUGAAAUUAUGAAGGGAAAUGUGCACAUAGAAAAUAUUUGUUUGCAAUCUCCAUUGAAAACCUGCAGUUCUGUUACUCUUGCUUUGCAUACACCUGUUCUUGCACACAAGGAGCACUUCACCAUUGAGAACAUACAAGGCUACAUCUGUUGUUCAAAUGUUAAGUCCAUAUUAUGUUUGAUGCAUCUCUAUUCUGGAUAGCCCAAUUAUUGGAAAUUUUAGUACUACUGUUUAACAUUUUAAAGCAAACAUCAUACUUAACAGUUCUGUGGUUCCUGUCAUAGACUUUUCUAUAAUCUGUCAAUUGUAAAAAUGCAUUUCUGAAGUUUAACAAUUACUCUACUAGCAAUAGUCUGCUGACUUAAUUGAAUGUAGUCUCAUAACUCAGCUAUCAAACUCUUUGAAAUGGUGCAUACUCCAAAAAGACUAGGACUUUACAUGCUAAACUAAUGAAUACAUUUACUUAAAAUUUAAAUAGUACAGAAAUGUGUAAUGGUUCAAACAAAGGGUAUUUUGUUUAAGCAGCUUUGAGUAUAGAAAUUUCUAUUGUAUAAUGAAGGAAGUUUGUCUUUGUAGAGGAUCAAUUAUCCGCUUUCAUCUUUUUCAACUCAAACAAUUCAGUUUCCCUCAAGCAUUCUUUUUGAAAGUUCUCUUAUUUCUCAAAGCUGGUGCUCUCUCAUGGCGGUUAUGGUAAACAACUCUUCAGUGAGUUCUUUGAUUAACAUCUUACCAUAACCUACCAUCUUAGCAUAACAAUGAAAUAAUACUUUAGACACAAGCAAAAUGGGAAGAUGAGAAACAAAGGGAAGGAACGAUUAUACAAACACUAGAAGAAGUAGACAGCUUUGCAAUUUGGUUUCAAUCAUUGAGCUUUAACAAAUCAUGUCUUUCAUAUUGGAGUACACAGCUAAUUCCACCCAGGAAGAGCACCUCUUUGACCUUUUAAUGAAGAUGUCAUCUUUAAUUUAUAAGUGAAAUAACUUAGCCCUUGGUUAAAAAUAAGAAAUCUGUCCGUCCACGCUCCCCCCUCACCCCCUCAAAAAGAAAUCAAUGUUGUAGUUUAUUCUGUGUAUACUAUUGUAAUGAAUGUAAUAAUUCUAUGAAUUAACAUUUGUUGACUCAAUGUAAUAACUCAUUCUAUUCUUUAAAUUGAGUAUCAAAACUUUGAAAUUUAUAUUGGUGCUAAUGUUAAGAAAUUGAAUCAGACACUUCAACAUAUUGGACGCAAUUCUUUAAGCUAGAUAUUACUGUUGGGGCUGUAACCAUAUGUACCCCAUGUCAAAUGUGAUUGUGAACACUGUGAAGUUCUUGGUAAGCUCAACAGCAGUUUGUGCAUGUGUUACUACCACGUGGUAAUAAAUAAUUUUGGGGUUUUUUUUGCUCAUUUGUAAUUACUUAAUGAGAAGUAGCAUUGUUUUAAUGUGCCUGAUAUAAGUAAGCUCACAUAAAACAAAAAUUAAUUUAAAAACAAA